GCACGUGACCUCUCUGCUUUCUCCGCCGAUACAUUGAAUAAAGAAACGCCUGCUGGCUGGAGUUAGAAACAAGUCCAAUGGCGGAAGCAAAGAACAAAGAAACUCCAAGCAAAAAUGAAAAUCCUUUAGAACUCAAAAAUAUUUUCUUAAUGUUACCCAAAAUAGAGCUGAAAAUUCCUUUCUUUAACCAGCACCCAAAAAAACAAGAGGCUUUGGUUAAAAAAGAGGAAGAAAUUGAAAUUCCAAAACCACCAUCUUUAUUUAUGGGACACCGCCAGAAACUUCCACCGCCGUUGGAAUUUGAAGCGGAGGAGUGCGUUGGGAGGUCUUCUAAUCCUAUUGUUCUCUGGCAGGUUUAUGCCAUUGGUGGUUUCUUUUUAGCAAAAUGGAUUUGGGCAAGAUGGAAGGAAAGGAAGGAUAUGGGAGCCAAGAAAGAAUCAUCCGAUAAUGAGCAGGCUCCUGCUGAUGAUAACUCUCAAUAAAUAUGACUAUCUCUAGAGUUUGUUUUAUCAGACAAGUUGCAUUCUGGACUUAAAGAGUUAUAGUAAACAGAGAGCUCAUCCUCUUUUCUCUACCUAAUUCUCAUCAAUCAGUGUCCAAGUUUUUAAAGUUACUCCUUGAUUUGCUUUUGCUGCA